GCGGUAGUGUCUUGCGCAGGCGCAGUGGCUUUACCAUGGCGGAAUUGAUUUCUUUCGUGGUUCCCACCCAGAGUGACAAAGUUUUGUUGGUGUGGGAGCUGAGCGCUGGUCCCCCAGCCGAGGCCUUAAGACAUUCUCUGUCUACAGCGUUCUCCCAGUUUGGCCUUCUGUAUUCAGUCCGAGUCUUCCCGAACGCCGCGGUGGCCCGCCCCGGCUUCUACGCCAUCGUCAAGUUUUACUCGUCAAGGGACGCGCAGAGAGCCCAAAAGGCAUGCGACGGGAAGCCUCUCUUUCAGACAUCGCCAGUGAAGGUUCGUCUCAGCACUAGACAUAAGGCCCUGCAACAUCAGGCCUUUGCCCUAAACAGCUCACGAUGCCAGGAAUUGGCAAAUUUCUACUUUGGCUUCAAUGGAUGGUCAAAAAGGAUCCUCAGGCUGCAGGAGCUCUCUGGAGCGGAGGACGAGGCUCUUGUGGGGCCCGUGCGGAAACAGAGCCUCAAGUUCUUCUGUGCUGUGGAGGUGGUGCUGCCGUCCUACGGAUGCAGGAGCCCUGGAGUCGGCAUCGCUGAGGAGCCUCUGCACCAGCUGGAAGAAGAAGGACAACCAUCGUUUCUCAUGAAGAGGAAGGCAGCUCAGAAGCUCGCGAUCCAGAGCGCCUUGUCAGAUGCCUUCCAGAAGCUGGCCAUCGUGGUUUUAGAAAGUGGCAAGGUCGCGGUGGAGUACAUUCCCAGUGAAGAGUCCACAGAUGCCGGAAGUGAGGAAGAGCUACAGAGUUUAAUCCAGGUCAGCUCCUUUCCUUGGAAUCAGCCCGGCCAGAGGGAGGAGGAAUGUCUCUCAGAUUUCAGCUUGGAAGAGGAAGAACCCGAGCUGUAAGAACUGCACUAACCCUGUGUGCAGGCGUGGCCAUCUCACUCUCUUGGGAAGUUCUACAUUUCUGAUUGGUGGGCUGCUGGCGUCCCUCAACUCCCAAGUGUGAGGCCCAAGUCUUGCCCAGCGCCUUGGAAGAGGUCUAAGAGAGGCUGGAGCCCUGUCACUGUGAUGGGAAGAGGAUCCCUAUGCAGAAUGGAACUGGGUCCAGAGUAAUAAAGGCCACCUAACAAAGGUGUCCUAUUGUGUUGGUGGGUGGUUUGGGUCCCUGGCUUCAGGAGCUUCACUAAGGUUUAGUUCCACCAGUGAGGCUGUCUUUGAAGGGACAGUCUAACCCACUUUUUCUGUGGCCCCAGGAGCUGAUCCUCUUUAUGCAGCAACUAUUUUGCCUCCUGGCCAGGUAGUUCUCCAGAGCCUUGAGGACAACCGACCCCUGGUUUUUUUGUUUUUUGUUUUUUUUUUGGGGGGGGGGUUUCGAUACAGGGUUUCUCUGUGUAGCUUUGCGCCUCUCCUGGAACUCACUUGGUAGCCCAGGCUGGCCUCGAACUCAGAGAUCCACCUGGCUCUGCCUCCCGAGUGCUGGGAUUAAAGGCGUGCGCCACCACCGCCCGGCGACCCCUGAUUUUUGUACUCCUUUGGAAUUGCCCCAGUAGCCUACAGCCCAGACAGCACCUGGCCAUUUUGUUUUUUAUUCAGUGUGUGUCUGUGUGUGUGUGUGUGUCAGCCAGAGCUGGCUCUCUCCUUUGGGCACUUGGCCUUUGAGUAUCUGGGGUCCACUACCCCCUCUAGGUGUUUGCCCCAUGACAGGCAUUUACAACAGUUUGCUUUUAUUCCAGGAUACCAGUGUCUCUUGGCAGCCAUACCCUGAAUCAGAUCAGUUGUCUGUUCCACCCCAGAAUGUGCCCUGCUAGCCGACUCGAAUCCCAAGGCUCCCAAAGGUGGUUCCGGUGCUAGGGGUCAGAACAGGGCUCUGCUGAAAGAAUUGGUGUCGGCUCAGGGUCCCCAAGACCAAGUUCUCAGGACAAAGGAGAUUUAUCUGCCCCAGAGGGACAAGGAACAGGGAAUAAGAGACAAAGACAGGAGAGAGAGGAUGAGGGGAAGGGAACGGGAGAGGGGGAGGGGUUAUUUGUCCAGGAGGGAGGGGAAGGGAUGACAAAGGACUGCCUCCGGAUAGAAAGACCCAUAGGUAAAUGGUGGUUUAUAAAGGGAAAGGGGGAAACCCUGUGUUAGGAUGAGGUGUUUAAUUUUAAUUGGGUGUGUUAAUUAGGUGAGCCACAGGGGGCUUUUGAUUGCUGGAUUUCAAUACUUGGAUAGCUGGACCUUGGUAGUUGUUGGCCUCAGGAGGAGGAGGUGGCCAAAUAAGGGAAGAGACCUUGGUGACUAGCUUUAGGAAUGUGAUCUAAUGGUUUUUAGCAAGGCAGAGUGAAUGGGGGAGAAGGGCAAGGCCUGCCAGAGCCAUAUGUUUGAGUGGGUUUCUUAGAUCCUAGUUAGCAGCAGAAACUCCAUUUUGUCCCAGUCUACUCUGAGCUGCUCCCCACAAUUUCCUGAGGCCAGACGGCCGCCCUCGGGAGCCCCUCACACACGUGUAAACCACAAACGUUCCCCCCCUUCUGAUUGGUUGAAAGUGUGUCACGUGGAGAGUCCCCGACCGCUUCUCUCGGCACAGGUUGAUUGGAUGGGACUCCAGAGCUGUCUGUGGUUUUCCCCUUUAAAACUGGCUGUUGCCCUAGCCUCAGGAAUGUAGGUGGGGCCCAAACCCUGUCGCCUCCCUGAUACAUUUUUUAAAAUAAAUUUGUGGCUUCCUUGAACCCA